UGACGCGUCUCUCUUUUCCUCUCGUAGCGACGUGUCAGUCCUCUUGUGUUCGCUGCUGAACGUAAGUCAAGCCGGCCAGACACUCUUGACCCCGUUAUGGCCCCUAAAGUCAGCAACAAACAGCAGUCAGAGGAAGACCUUCUCCUCCAGGACUUCAGUAGAAACUUGUCGGCGAAGUCCACCGCGCUAUUCUACGGAAAUGCUCUCAUUGUGUCUGCCAUCCCCAUUUGGCUUUUUUGGAGGAUUUGGCACAUGGAUCUUGUCCAGUCUGCAGUCCUGUAUGCUGUGAUGACGCUGGUCAGCACCUACCUGGUGGCCUUCGCCUACAAAAACGUCAAGUUUGUUCUCAAACACAAAGUCGCUCAGAAACGUGAGGAUGCCGUUUCCAAGGAGGUGACCAGGAAGCUGUCAGAAGCCGACAAUCGCAAAAUGUCCCGCAAGGAAAAAGACGAGAGGAUCCUGUGGAAGAAGAACGAGGUGGCCGACUACGAGGCCACUACCUUCUCCAUCUUCUACAACAACACUCUCUUCCUGGUGCUCGUCAUUGUCGCCUCCUUCUUCCUGCUCAAGAACUUCAACCCCACUGUCAACUACAUCCUUUCAAUCAGUGCUUCGUCAGGACUGAUUGCUCUGCUGUCCACUGGCUCCAAGUAGAAGAGGAGGAGGAUGCUGAUGCUGGAGGGAUGGAGGGAGGGUUGGAUUUAAAAGUGGGUUAAAUACUUUUUCACUAAAGUUCUGUUAAAUGGGGGGGAAAUAUCACAUUUCAUUUUCAUGAAAUUCAUGAUCAAUUAUCUGGAGGGUCUUCUUCCAGGCGUCUUCUCUUUUUUUGUAACAAUAAAAUUGACAAGUGACA